CGAAUUGUUCACAACUGUGCUCGAUAUGCUGGGCGUCCUCAUCAAUGGGACGCUUGCCUCGGACUUGUCAAAUGCUUCCCAAGGAGGACCUGAGGAAAACAAAAGGGCUUACAUGAAUUUAGUGAAAAAAUUAAAAAAAGAGCUGGGAGACAAGCGGUCGGAAAGCAUCGACAAGGUUCGCCAGCUGCUCCCUUUGCCAAAGCAGACGUGCGAUAUUGUUACUUGUGAGCCAAUGGGAUCCUUGAUCGACACCAAGGGGAACAAAAUUGCAGGAUUUGACUCCAUUGAUAAGAAACAGGGUCUUCAGGUUUCAACAAAACAAAAGGUGUCCCCCUGGGAUUUAUUUGAAGGUCACAAAAAUCCUGCUCCUCUCUCCUGGGCAUGGUUUGGUACGGUUCGUGUCGACAGGAAAGUGAUAAAAUAUGAGGAGCAGCAACAUCUCCUCCUGUACCACACGCACACCAAACCCAAGCCACGGAGUUACUACCUCGAGCCCUUGCCCCUUCCUCCAGAGGAGGAGGAGGAAGAGCCCACCACACCUGUCUCUCAGGAACCAGAAAGAAAGUCAGGAGAGCUCUCGGAUCAGGGAAAACUUGCCAUGGAUGACGAGAAGAAGACAAAGGGCAGGAAGCGAAAGUCAAAAUCAAGCUCAAGGGCUGAUUCUGCCUUGUGGGGUUACAACAUCAUGGGACAGCCGCAGCAGCCUGGCUUCUUUGUGCAGAACCAGCCCCUCCCACCAGGUGGUUCCAGGCUGGAUCCGACAGGCUCCUUUGUUCCGACUAAUACGAAGCAAGCCCUGUCGAACAUGCUGCAGCGGCGCUCUGGCACCGUGAUGCAGCCCCCCUCGAUCCAUGCAAUCACGCCACAGCAGCAGUUGCUCCAGAUGAAACUCCUGCAGCAAGAGCAGCAGCAACAGCGGCUCCUCAGGCAGCAAGCACAGUCACGGUCUCUCCAACAG